UUAGAAUGAAAGUUGAGUGCUCGAAGCGAGGAUCUAGUCAAUUCUUUCAGUUUGUAUUUUAGUCGUGCGCGGUUCAACUGGAAGUGCUCCUUCACCUGAGAGUUUUUGAAAAUUGUGCUAAUUAAAACAAGGUGGCAAUGAAACUCACAAUACCGGAGUUUUACCGUGGCCGCGAAAUUUUUGUCACCGGCGGGUCAGGGUUCCUGGGCAAAGUACUUAUUGAAAAGUUGCUUCGAUCAUGCCCUGAUUUGAAUACCAUUUUCGUGUUGCUCCGAUCGAAGAAAGGCCGUUCAGCUGACGAACGACUUUCAGACAUAGUCCAAUUGCCACUGUUCGAUGUUUUGAGGGAGACUAUGCCGACGCAAUUAUCCAAGUUAGUAGCGAUUGCGGGCGAUGUGACUGAACUUAAAAUGGGUAUUAGCACUGAAGGCAGAGAGUUAAUGAGAAACGUAUCAGUCAUAUUCCAUGCAGCCGCCAGCGUAAGAUUCGAUGAUCCUCUCCGAGAUGCUAUUUUAAUUAACACAAGAGGUACAAGGGAAGUUAUGAGAUUUGCUGAAACUUUGCCGGACUUAAAAGCGCUAAUUCAUGUUUCGACAACUUAUUGUAAUCCUGACAAGCAUGUGGUUGAAGAGAAGCUGUAUCCACCAUAUGCUGACUGGCGAACAGCAAUCACCAUCGCAGAAAAAUUCGAUAAGGAGCUACUGAAUAUUUUGGAGAAGAAAUUUAGUAGUUUUCAGCCAAACACAUAUACAUUUACAAAAAGUAUGGCGGAACAUGUUGUUAAUGAUUACAAGGAUAAGCUUCCUGUCCUUAUCUGCAGGCCGUCCAUAGUCGUUUCUACUAUUGCUGAGCCGAUUCCGGGCUGGAUAGAUAAUUUCAAUGGACCUGUAGGGAUGCUGGUCGCUAGUGGCGUAGGGGUAUUGAGAACCGUGUACGGGAACCCAGAUGUCAUAUCGGAUUUUAUGCCCGUCGACGUAGCUAUCAAAAGCAUAAUCAUUGCUGGUUAUGAAAAGGGAAUGCAAACGGAAAAAAGUAAAGAGUUAACUAUCUACAAUUGCUCGACAUCCAAUUUACGAGGGGUUACAACCGGAGAAAUAAUCGAAAUUGCAAAGGAGCUAAUUAAGUUGAAGCCGAUGGAACAGAUGAUUUGGGUUCCCUAUGGAUCACUCACAUCAUCAAAAACUCUACACUAUAUUAGGUUCUUCUUUCUUCAUUUGCUCGUUGCGAUAUUGGUUGAUAGUAUUUUACGCGUACUCAAUAGGAAAGUUUUUCUCCUGAAGAUACAUCGCCGCAUCUAUGAAGCGAAUCUGGCCCUUCAUUACUUUGCGUCAACACAUUGGGAAUUUAUAAAUAAUAAAUUUGUUGAACUCGAUGCAAAAGUUCCGUCUGCGGAUGUACGAGAGUUUUCCUUCUUAUACCUUAAAGAUCUUGACAUCAAGGAUUAUUUCUAUAAGGCGUUGGUGGGAGCCCGAAAAUUUUUGCUGAAGGAGUCAGACGAUAACAUUGAAUAUGCUCGCAGAAAGUUCUGGACAAUCUACUACAUUGACAAAGUUCUUCGAAUCAUAGUUGGCGUAUGUUUGAUACGAUCCGUUUUUAGAACUCUCGGUGUUUGGAAUUACAUUGGUCCCUACUUGCAAAAAUAAUAGUUUCUAAUAUUUACUAUUUUUGUGCGUCCUGAAAACAAUAGGGGUGAAAGUUGCAUUAUUAAAUCUCAAGAAAGUC